GUACCCCCAAACACCUCCUGAACACCUCCAGGAAAACCCUGAGCGCGUUGGCCUUCUCGCCCGAUGGGAAGUUCAUCGUCACCGGAGAGAACGGGCACCGACCGGCAGUCCGCGUGUGGGACGUGGAAGGACGGGCGCAGGUCUCGGCGCUGCACGGUCACAAGCACGGCGUGGCUUGCGUCGCCUUCUCCCCCAGCGCCAAGUUCCUGGUGUCGGUGGGACACCCGCACGACAUGGUGGUCAACGUUUGGGCCUGGAAGAAAGGUUCCCUGGUCACGUCGAACAAGGUGCCCUGCAAAGUGAUGGCCGUGUCCUUCUCCGAAGACAGCUACUUCGUCACCGUGGGGCACCGCCACGUCAAGUUCUGGUUCCUGGAUGCCUCCAGGGAGCUGAAGAUCACCGAGACGGUGCCGCUGGUGGGACGCUCGGGGCUGUUGGGAAAGCUUCACGAUAACGUCUUUUGCGGGGUGGCCUGCGGCCGAGGGCAGAUGUCGGGCAGCAUCUUCUGCGUCUCCUCCUCGGGGCUGCUCUGCCGGUUCAACGAGAAACGGGUGCUGGAGAAAUGGAUCGUUCUACAGGUGCCGCUGCCAAACUGCCUUUGCCUCAGCGAGGAACUGAUCUUUUGCGGCUGCGCCGACGGCACCGUGAGGAUUUUCCGGGCUCGAGACAUGCACUACCUGAGCGAUCUCCCCAAACCUCACCCUCUGGGCGUGGAUGUCACCCAGGAUCCGCCACCGAGGCGGACGGACCUGGUCUACCCCGACACCAUCGCCGUGGCCUACGACGCCUGCAACCGUUGGCUGUCCUGCGUCUACAAGGACCACAGCGUCUACGUCUGGGACGUGGGGGACCUGCGGAACGUCGGGAAGGUUUGGUCGGACCUUUUCCACAGCUCCUUCGUCUGGAGCGUGGAGGUGUACCCCGAAUUCGAGGAGCGGAGAUCCUCUCUGCCCCCGGGCUCCUUCCUGACGUGUUCCUCGGACAACACCAUCCGCGCCUGGACCCUGGGAAGCGGCUCCGCACGUCCCCAGCGAGGCAGCGCCUACAGCAGGAACCUGAGCAACAUCAUCUACGUGGACAACGACACGCAGCACCUCCAGGACUCCUCCGGCGCGCCCGAGCGAAGCGAGAACGUGGCUCACCUGGACGUCAAAGCCGGGGUGCGGGUGAUGCAGGUCAGCCCCGAGGGCGAGUAUUUGGCGUCGGGGGACAGAGGAGGAACCCUCAGGAUACACGAGCUGCGGUUCAUGCAGGUGGUGGCUAAAGUGGAAGCUCACGAUUCAGAAAUUCUUUGCCUGGAGUAUUCCAAGCCGGAGACCGGAGCGGCGCUGCUGGCUUCGGCGAGCAGAGACAGGUUGAUCCACGUCUUGAACGUAGACAAGAACUACAAGCUGGAGCAAACCCUGGAUGAUCACUCCUCCGCGAUAACCUCGGUCAAAUUUGCUGGCAACGGGGACGUUCAGCUGAUAAGCUGCGGCGCCGAUAAAAGCAUUUAUUUCCGCAAUGCUCAAAAGGUGAGUGAAGGCUUCAAUUUCGUCAGGACGCAUCACGUCGCCGAAAAAACCACCUUGUACGAUAUGGACAUAGACAUCACGCAAAAAUACGUCGCCGUCGCCUGCCAGGACAGAAACGUCAGGGUGUACAGCGCGGCCAGCGGGAAGCUGAAGUGCUGCUACAAGGGCUCGCAAGGGGACGAGGGCUCCAUCCUGAAGAUGUUUCCGGAUACCACCUCGUUGCCGAAAAACCUUUUCCCCUCCCGUUGCGGGAUGCUGCCCGGCGGUGGCGGAGCUUCCGAAGAGGAGCCCGAGGAGGAAGGAGACGAGGCCUCGUCCCCGCAGACCCCCUCCAAGGAAGACUCGGAACCGCCCCCGGCGUGCGUCCUAACCAACGGCAGGCUGCCCAUGGGGGCAAAGAGGCUGCUGGGAGAGGUGGAGGAUGGGGACCGGGUUGCCGUUGUCCCUCGGGGGAGCUACCGGCCGCAGGGGCGAUGGGCAGAGCGCGCCGAGAGGGGCCCCAUCAAGAUUUUGCCGGAGGGGGAUCCCCCCUACUUCACUCCCCUCAAACCUCACCUCGAGGGCGACGCGGAGCUCGAGCCGGGCAGCCUGGAGCACCUCUUAUCAGAGGCGGAGAGCUCUCCCAGCGACCUCGCCGAGGACUUCCAGCUCUUUGAGCUCCUCCAGGACGAGGAAACCAACGGGAGACUGGAAUCGCCGGAUACGAGCGGGACCAGCCCGGAGGAACUGUGCGUGCUGGAGGCGAAAAGGCAACGCGUGACGGAGCCACCGCUGCGUCCCACAUUCCUGGAAAAACUCGGAAUCGGCCGGGACAACGCCUCAUCCCGCGUUUCGCUCUGCCUGGGAACACCGUCACCUCGCUACCAGCCGGAAGACGAGGAUUCGGUGACCCUCUACGCCGAGGCCACCGAGGAGGAUCUCCUGCGGGCCAAGACGGCGUUGGUUGACCUUUUCGGUUGGAUGAAAACGGAGCUGCGCUCCCGCGCCGUCACCGACGCCACCGACGCCGUCACCGCCACCGAAAGCCCAACGCCGAUACCGUCACCGGAUCCCCAAACCCUGACGCUGCUCCGUACCUACUCCGACUUCCUCGUGGAAAUGGUGCGGAGGAAACUGGAGGGCAGCAGCACCGAAACGCUUUAA